AUGCCGAAUACUAGACGUAGAAAAUUUUCAGUGAAACAAAAUUUAAAACCGAACGAAGUCACACAAUCACAAAAUGUCACAAACACAGUUCAAGUAAAUAUGUUAUAUGAUAAUAUAUGUAACACAAGUUUAACUACAUCUGGAGAUCAAACAGUUCAGAAUACGUCAAACGGUGACGAAAACCAAACAGAAUCUAUAAAUUCAAACGUAGUUUCAUUAGUAGACAAAAGUGCUGUACUUUUAGUGGAUAAAGAUGUAUUAGUUAGUCUAAGCAAGGAAGAUUUAAGUAACAAUUCCAACAUUGGAACACCAUGUUGUGAUAAAUCUAUAAAUAUACGUACAGCAGAUACAACAAAAUUACCUGAAUCUAGUAAACAAAGAAAUAAUACUCGGAGAGAAAGAUAUGCGAGGCAACACAAAAUUAAAAUAAGAAAUCCAAGGCGAAGAAUUCUACCACACGACAAAAUAUCUCUUAGUCAAUCUGAAGGAACUAAUACAGAUAUUUGUAGAUCAACAUUUGAGAAACCAAAUGAAGAAGCCGUCUCAGAUGGAUACCCUAAUAUAGAAAGAGGAAGUGAUAACUCUAUUGAGGAUAUGUGUCGUAUUUGCCACGGAGGAGACAUGUUUUGUCAAGAGCUUGGCGAUCUGAUAUCUGCUUGUUCUUGCCGAGGAACUGUUGGCAGAGUCCACGUGAGAUGCUUGGAACGGUGGUUGACAGAAUCUGGCAAGUCCAGGUGUGAAUUAUGCGGGAUCCGAUAUGUAACCCGACGAGUCCAUCGAUACGGUGUACCGAGAUCACUCGUUAUGUGGAUUUUAAGUCAAAAUGCUAAACAGUUAAUGGUGGACACAUUGGGUAUAGUAUUAAUGUCUCCACUCGCUGUGCUAGCAGCGUGGCUCUCGGGCAAAACGUUUGCUGCGCUGAUCUCUCAGGAGAACCACACAUCGCCUGCGCCCUGGCCACUUGCUUCGACAUUCGUCCUGGCCUGUAUGACCCUUGUUUGCUACUAUUGCUGGAUAGUAUCGGCGACGACCCGCCACACUCUGAGCUGGUGGAUUUGGUACCGGGCGCAGUACGAAGUGAGACUACAACUGCACGGCGAUAGUGAAGAAUGAACAUGUCUUGUGGUAUUCAUCUUUCUUUGUAACUGUUGACGCGAAACUAUAUUAUAUGGUACAUGGAAAUAUUAAACAUAAGGAAAUUUUGUAAUAAAUGA